UUUUGCACUCCCCCUCCCAUGGCGUCGCUGUUGGCAAGCAGUAGCACAGCGCGAUCGGCGAGCGUCGGCGGAUGGAGCGCGUUCCGUGUGCCGCCUGCGACCGACCUGACCCGCUGGCGACUCGAGGGUGUGGACGGCCAGCAAGUCUGGCGCUACUACGAUGCUGCUCUCGGAGAGACCCCUCCGGCACCCCUGACUGUUCGCGACAAGUACCUGCUCGGGAUUGACAUUUCUGGCGACGUGCCUGUCGCGACAGAGCCGGCAAAAACCGCUCAAGAGGCUGCCAAUCGUGGCAUGCAUUUCUACACGAAUCUGCAAUGCGAGACGGGCCACUGGCCGGGCGAUUACGGCGGUCCGCACUUUCUGCUGCCGGGCUUGCUGAUCACGGCGCACAUUACGGGCAUUCAGCUUGGCGAGUUCCGCAAGGCCGAGAUGAUGCGCUACCUGCGGAAUACUGUCACGGCCGAAGGUGGCUGGGGCUUGCACACUGCCGAUAAGGCGACAGUGUUUGGUACUGGUCUGAACUAUGUCGCUUUCCGGCUGCUCGGUGGCUCACGCGAUGAUCCUCUUGCCGUCAAGGCUCGAACGUUUUUGCACAAGCAUGAUGGCGUUUUGGGCAUCCCUUCGUGGGGAAAGUUUUGGCUGGCGCUGCUGAAUGUGUACGACUAUGAUGGCAUGAACGCCGUUCCACCAGAGCUUUGGCUCCUUCCUGAAUGGGCCCCGCUGCACCCAAAGUACAUGUGGUGCCACUGCCGUCAAGUCUACCUCCCAAUGAGCUACUGCUAUGGCGUGAAGCUUCGUGCUCCUGUCACACCCAUCAUUGCGGAACUUCGCGAAGAGCUGUACACCCAGGCAUACGACACAAUCAACUGGCCUGCGCAGCGUUUCCGCUGUGCCAAGAUUGAUUUGUACAACCCGCAUUCGUGGAUAAUGGACUGGUCCUUCAGUGCUCUGAACGUGUAUGAAAAGUUCCACAGCACUUCAAUCCGCAAACGAGCGCUCGACAUGGCUCUUGAUCACAUCCGCGCCGAGGACGAGAAUACUCAGUGCGUGGGAAUCGGUCCGAUUUCCAAAAACAUCAACAUGAUUUGCCAAUGGUAUGCCCACGGCCCACAGUCACCCUUGUUCCGGCAGCAUGUGUCUCGAUUCCCCGACUACCUGUGGCUUGGUAUCGACGGCAUGAAGUUGAACGGCACCAAUGGAAGCCAGCUGUGGGACACGGCGUUUGCCGUGCAGGCCUUCCUCGAGGCUGGAGGUGAUAAGAACGCACAGCUGAUGGCGUCGCUGCGAAAGGCGCACAGCUUUUUCAAGUUGACGCAGAUUCGCAAAAAUGUUCCUGAACAUGAAAAGUACUUCCGCCAAAUGAGCAAGGGAGGAUUCCCCUUCAGCACGCGAGACUGUGGUUGGAUUGUUGCUGAUUGCACGGCCGAGGGCAUCAAGUCGACGCUCAUGUUGGAGAACACGGGACAAAUCUCGAGCCCGUUCGAGGAGGAGCGAUACCACGACGCCAUCGAUGUGUUGCUGUCAAUGCAGAACUCUGACGGCGGCUACGCCACUUACGAAACCAAGCGCGGACCCGAGUGGCUUGAGCUCUUCAAUCCGUCCGAGGUGUUUGGCGCCAUCAUGAUCGACUACACUUACGUCGAGUUGACUUCAGCUGUCGUGCAAGCGCUCGCUUCGUUGACGGUACAAUUCCCAAAGUAUCGCACAGCGGAAAUCUCAGCAACCAUGAAGCGAGCUGUUCACUUCAUUCGAAGCAUUCAGCGCAAGGACGGCUCCUGGGAAGGCUGCUGGGCAGUGUGCUUCACCUAUGGCACAUGGUUUGGCAUUGAGGCUCUUGCAACUGCGGGAGAAGGCUACUACAAGGGUACUGCGUCUCCAAGCAUGCGAAGCGCUUGCGACUUUCUCGUGAGCAAGCAGCGAGCCGAUGGCUCGUGGUCUGAGAGCUAUAUGUCGUGCGUCGAACGUCGCUACAUUGAACACACAGAGUCGCAAGUCAUCAACACGGCGUGGGCUGUGCUCGGACUGAUGGCGGCAGAGUAUCCCGACCGAACUGUGGUUGAGCGCGGCAUCCAAUUCAUCAUGUCCAAGCAGCUGAUGAAUGGGGAUUGGCCUGACGAUGAAAUCAAGGGCGUGUUCAACAAGAACUGCAUGAUUGUCUAUCCCAACUACAAGAAUGCGUUCACCAUCUGGGCUUUGGGACGCUACGCAAACUCGUACUCCAAAUUGGAGUGAAGGCAGAGUGGGCUAGCGAAUGUUGCAUAUCGUUGUUGGAAAAAAAACAAAAAAAAAAACUAAAGCAUUUUAGGAC